GGACCAUCUCUCUCCUUUCCUCACGUGCCGCAUCUAGUCAUGCAAAUGUGAAGGAGCGCGUGGAAUGCGUCCUGGCGCACGAGCCUAAACAGAGCUCUGAGCGCGAGAUCCUCCUCAGCACUUCGAAUUAAAGUUAUUCGGGCACGCUUUGAACCGAGUCUGUUGGAUUUCGACAAACUAAAAGGUAACUUAACUCUUGGCUAACAAACAGUAAAUAUGUCCAAAAGAAAACCUCUCGCGCCCUCGGAACGGCAGGGAAGCGAUGACUCGGACACGGAGCUGCUGCUCGCGAACCUCUCACCGGAGGAGGUGGAUGAGCUCGAGCGGGAGCUCGUGUUCAUCGACCCGGACCCAGAUGUACCGGUGGGACUCCUACAGCGGAACCAGACGGAGAAACUGCCGUCCGCAGGAUAUGACAGAGAGGCCAUGCUGGACUACUGUGAGCGGCAGACCAAGAGAUUAAUCCGCAGAGAGCUCAGCGCAGAGGGAGAGUCAAAAGGGGAGGGCAGGAGGAGAGAUCGACUCCGCAGGAUGAGGAGCAGGGAGUUUUCCAGGUCACAGAGUGGCGACCCCCCGGACACAGAGAGCAGAAACGCUGCGAGUGAAGCACCUCCUGAAAACAAUGAACAGGAGACUGCUAAGAAAAGAGAUGAUGUUUUCAAAGAUUCUUCUGAUAAAGAGGAAAUAAAAAUAGAGAAAAAAGAUGAAGGUGGAACAGAAUUAAAAGAAAGGGGACCUUUUAGAAAGGAACGGGGAACUUCCAAGACUCUGGAGCUUAUUUCCAAACUGCAGGAUAAAAAAGAGGAUAAGAGAGAAUGCGAAAAAAGAGAAGAGAGGAAAGUAAGUGAGAACUCAAAAAUACGAGGCUUCAUCUCCAAACUCCAAGAUAAAGACAAUGAGAACCUUAAAGAAAAGAGCAACAAGGAAGAUAUCAAGAAAAGCAGAACCAAAGUCCUGGAGGAACAGAAGAACAGCAGAGCAAGAGACAGUAUGAACCAGAAUCAAACUGAGGAGAUAAAAAGCAAAAUAAAGGAAAAAGAACAUGAUCCAAAAAAAGAGUUUUCCCGAGCACAGAAAGAGAGAGAAACAAAGAAAGAAAAUAUGCUAGACAAAACAAAAGAACAGACCGAACAGAUGAUAUACAAUUCCAGCCAUAAUGUCUCAGAGACCAAUGAUGGUAGUAAAGACUGUUCACUUACCACCGAGGAUGAAGAUUCUUUUAAUGAACAUGAUUCUUUGGACAGCGACACCGGCUCCAGUAUGUUUGAUGACCUUCUGGAGCAAGUUCGCAGCGAUGACCCCGAACUAACCGAGAUCAAUGUUAACAAUUCGGAUGCCAUAAAGAAAGACACCCUAAUGCAGUUUGCAGAAGGUCUCCGUAGCAACACGCACGUUAAAACUUUCUCCCUCGCCAACACAAGGGCGGACGAUCACGUCGCGUUUGCCAUCGCUGGAACCCUGCGGGAAAACGCCACCCUGACAGGCAUUAACCUCGACUCCAACCAUUUAACAGGCAAAGGCAUCUUGGCCAUUAUCAACUCUCUCCAGCACAACCGAGCCCUCAUGGAGCUGAGAUUUCAUAACCAGAGACACAUCUGCGGAGGGAAGACAGAAAUGGAGAUGACUAAAGUCUUACGCGACAACUCUUCUCUGCUGAAAUUGGGCUAUCACUUUGAACUGGCCGGGCCCAGGAUGACAAUGACCAACAUUUUGAGCCGAAACAUGGACAGGAAGCGGCAACAACGACUGGAAGUGCAGAAACUCUCCAGAGAGGAGACUAAAACCCCAAGUGAAAAUACGAUGAGCGUAUUUGACCAUAGCAAGCCAAAAGACUCAUCAUUCUCACUCACUGAGAAGAAAACAUACAAAUUUGCUGCAAUGUCCAAAUUUACAUCUCAGGAAACUCCAAAGGUCUUGACCGCCAAACCACAACCUAGAUUUACCUGCUCUGAAGUGACAGGAAAGACAGAAGGGGCAACAGGAAGUAGACACGUUCCUCCUCCUCCCCCUCCUCCUGGUCCAGCAUUAGAUGUUCAGGCCUUAAGAAGAUCAUUGAACCCAAUCUCUCAGAGAAAACAGGACAGCUGUGCAGCUGUCCGUCAAACAGAGAGGAACUCCAGAGAUCAGCUCCUCACCUCUAUCAGAAACUGUGGCAUGAACGCACUAAAAAAGGUUGAGAUCCCCAAGCGGUUAAGAUAAAGUAUGGUGCACAUACCUUCAGAUUUCCCAGAAACCUUAAGAGACAGACCACUGGUUUGCAUAUACAUGACAUCUAAAAAUCUGAGGUGGGACACAGCAUUUUUCCACAUGCCAUAUGGGCGUGAUUUUUCGAUAGACUGAUACAUAAUCAUCAUUGAACACUGAUGAUGUGAAGCACCUGAGUUAAAGGACACUAAAAAACUAACUUAUCAAUUGAGUUUGAUAGGUUCUUUAAAUUUCAUGUCUUGGCCAUGUGUUCAUUUUUAUCAGCAGGUUUGUUUAUGAUUCAUAAUUAUGAAGAAUCUGCAUUCUUAAGGAUGUAGUGUGAGUUUAUUAUAAAAAGGCAAAAUAAAACAAUGUCAUCAUCAAUCUGCUUUAUGUCUCAAUAGCAGAAGGUAUCACACCAAUGAUCAGCAUUUUUUACAUUUCCCUAUUUUCUGAAUAUGAAAAAUAAUGAAAAAUUAACGAAUAGCAUUUUAGAAAGGGUUUUAAUUACAUUUUUUGUGAUAAAAAUUAAAUUUAACGUUAUGGGACGGUUUCCUGGACAGGGAUUAGACUAGUCAGACUAAAAUAAUAUGUAAGAGCUCACUGAAAACAACUUGCACUGACAUAUCUUAAAAUACAUCAGCGACCUUUGUUUUCCUUUAAAAUGCACAUAAGUAAUAUUUUUAGUAAGGCAUGUUUGUUAAAACAAGUUAUAUUUCCUAAUUAAACUAAGGACUAGUCCUGGCUUAAGAUAAUCCCUGUCCAGGAAACCACUCGACUCUUAAAAAGUUUUGCAUUAGCAUCUAACCCAGGGUUCCCCAAAUCUUAUCAAAUAAACAAUCAAAUAAACAUCACUUAAUAUUUUCUGUUUUGAAGCCAAAGCUUAAAAAGUUUAGUUGAUUUAACUUUUAAGCUUACAAAAUCCAUUUAACUAAAACAUUCAAGUAGAAUGAACUUAAAAUUAUUAGUUCAUGUUGUUAGGAAUACCCAUAAUCCUUUGCGCCUAAUACUUAUAUUAUUUUCUGCUUUUUCACAGAAUAAAAACUGAUAAGAACUUUCACUACAAAGAAUCGGCUCUUAGAGCAGGCUCGUUCGCGAACGACCCAUCACUAGUACUGACAAUGCAUGUCAAAAACACAGUUUGGUGUGCUUCUGUGGAGAAUCACGUUUAUUCAAUGACUGCCUUAAAAUCAGUCAUCAAUUCUCUGUUAUAAUACCAUUUAAAACAUCAAAAGUAAUAUAAAGUGAUAAAAACUAAAGUUAUAUGCAAUUUCUAGUAAUGUCAACUAAUCUGGGUUAAGAGUGCAGGAAUAUUGGAAGAAGUCUAUUCAACUUAAAAUUGUUGUUAGAACAGUUUAUAUGUUUAAGUAAUCAUUACUUAAAGUUUUUAAGUAAUCAUUACUUAAAGUUUUUAGGGCAACAAGUUUGCUUCAUUUUUUAAGUAUAUUCAACUUA